GAUGAUUGUGAUGAUGAUGAUGAUUGUGAUGAUGAUGAUGAUUGUGAUGGUGAUGAUUGUGAUGAUGAUGAUUGUGAUGAUGAUGAUGAUGAUUGUGAUGAUGAUGAUGAUUAUGAUGAUGAUGAUGAUGAUUGUGAUGAUGAUGAUGAUUGUGGUGAUGAUGAUGAUGAUGAUUGUGAUGAUGAUGAUGAUGAUGAUUGUGAUGAUGAUGAUGAUUGUGGUGAUGAUGAUGAUGAUGAUGAUGGUGGUGAUGAUGAUGAUUGUGAUGAUGAUUGUGAUGAUGAUGAUGAUUGUGAUGAUGAUGAUGAUUGUGGUGAUGAUGAUGAUGAUGAUUGUGAUGAUGAUGAUGAUGAUUGUGAUGAUGAUGAUGAUGAUGAUUGUGAUGAUGAUGAUGGUGAUGAUGAUGAUGAUGAUUGUGAUGAUGAUGAUGAUUGUGAUGAUGAUUAUGAUUGUGAUGAUGAUGAUGAUUGUGAUGAUGAUGAUGAUGAUGAUUGUGAUGAUGAUGAUGAUGAUUGUGAUGAUGAUGAUUGUGAUGAUGGUGAUUAUUGUAAUGGUGAUGAUUGUGAUGAUGAUGAUGAUGAUGAUUGUGAUGAUGAUGAUGAUGAUGAUUGUGAUGAUGAUGAUGGUGAUGAUGAUGAUGAUGAUUGUGAUGAUGAUGAUGAUUGUGAUGAUGAUUAUGAUUGUGAUGAUGAUGAUGAUUGUGAUGAUGAUGAUGAUGAUGAUUGUGAUGAUGAUGAUGAUGAUUGUGAUGAU